CUGGGAUUCUGGGUAUUCUAAGACACACUCGCACGGCCCCGGUGCUUGACGUCGGCCAUAUGCUGCCAUAUGCCAGGCUCAUUCGACGCUUUAAAGGCGGGACGAGAAUGCACCUGCGUCUCCUGACUUGCCUCCGCACCCAUCGUUCAUACCCGGCGGAGCGUCGCCCGACUCGCGAUGGCUUCCAGACUCUCCUUUGUCUCACUUUCUCUUAUUCUUGCGUUUAUCGGGACAACGGCACAAUCACAAGUUGUUCCAACUGGGGCAUACACACCCACGAAGGGCGCAUGCCCCGCAGACUUCCAGCUCGUCCGCAUGGCCGGGUCCGCCGCCUCGAACCAAACACUAAGCACUGGCGAAGCCGCAUACAUCCAGUCGCGCAAGAGCGAGGUCAUCCCCGGCGCGUGGCAGACCUACCUGUCGAACGUGGAGGCCGCCGCCAGUGGGACGACGCUCCCUUCAUAUGUCUCAGCGCUGCUGGCCAAUGAAUCUGGCGGGCCGACGCUAGGAAUCGCAACCAGCGGGGGUGGGUACAGAGCGGCCAUCGUCGGCGCGGGCUUCCUAAACGCGCUUGACGGGCGAAACGGGACGAGCGCAGCAGCGGGCACGGGAGGACUGCUGCAGGGCGCAUCGUACCUCUCCGGUCUGUCGGGCGGCGCGUGGUUCGUCAGCUCGCUCGCACAAGCCAACUUUCCCACCAUCCAGAAUUUGAUCUUCCCGCCGACGGAGUACGCAGCACCCGGCGGUGCGAGCGACGCGAAUGCAUACUGGGGCGGGUGGCAUGCGAACUACAGCUUUGUGACGCCGAGCGACGAUCCGCUUGUGGAUGCUGCGUACGUCAGCUGGUGCGUGGAUGAGAUCCUGGGUAAGCAACUUGCUGGAUACCCUGUUACGUUUGGGGAUGUGUGGUCUCGGACCCUGGCGAGGCACUUCGCGAAUGGAACGACGGGGAGCAACUUUUACGAUGAGUCGUAUCCGCACGGUGCGGGGGUGUUGUUUUCGGAGAUUGCGAAUACGUCAAUGUUCGAGUCGUACCAGAUACCGUUCCCAAUUGUCGUCACGGACAUUGAUGUCCCCACCACAAACGCGUCCGCCAUCAUACCGGGCGACGUCGAACCUAUCACAAAUCCUAUCAUGGAAUUUAACGUCUAUGAGAUGGGCUCCUAUGAUCCAUUGCUCUCGGCAUUCGCACCGACAAAGUACCUUGGAACGACGAACGGCAGCCUGUGCGUGACAAACUACGACCAGUCGUCUUUUGUCGCUGCUUCGUCGUCGGAACUGUUCAAUGGGCUUACUUUUGAGUUGCUCAAUGACACCUUUGGCCCCCUUCUGGCGGCAGCGUCAGACUCCCUACCGGGCCUGCAGAACGAGUUGUACGCAUACUGGCCGAAUCCGUUCUAUGGGGUCGCUCCCGACACAUUCGGUGCCUCUAAGCAGAGUAGCUUGCACCUCGUUGACGGAGGUGAAGAUGGCGAGAAUGUGCCGCUGCAACCAUUGCUUGUGAAAGCCCGGGGCGUUGACAUCAUUGUUGCGAUUGAUGUGAGCAGCGACGAGAAUAACUUCGCUGAUGGAAGCGCUCUCAUUGCAACUCAAGACCGCGUCGCCCUCUUCCCCUCUGCAUACUCCUUCCCUCCCGUGCCAACCACCGCAGCCGAGUUCACCUCGCAGAACCUAACGACGCGUCCAACCUUCUUCGGGUGCACUACAACGCCAGCGAACCUCUCCACCCCGCUCGUCGUCUACCUUGCGAACGGCGGCCCGCCACACGACGGCGCCGCGCCUGUGACGAACACGUCGACGUACCAGCUUUCGUACGAGGACAGCGAGGUUCAGGCGAUGCUCGACCAGACGUUCGUGCUCGCUACGCAGGGCUACCCCGCGAGUGCUGGGGAGACGAUGGACCCGGAGUGGCCGGCGUGUUUGGCGUGUGCGGUUGUGGACCGUGCGAGGGAGCGCGUGGGGACGGCGAGGAGUGGGGUGUGUGAGAGUUGUUUGGAGAGGUAUUGUUGGUCUUAGGUCGUGAGUGACGUGUAGGGUCCGUUCUAUUUAUUGUGUGGUGUGGACUUGAUUUGCUUGGGAUGGGUCGUGGUACUGAAAGAACAUUGGGUGGCACAAAAAUGAGGCAUGGAUCUUUUGCGAGGGGAGGAACAAGCCAAAGAAACACGGAAAGUUUAGCAUUCAGCUUUCGUAGAUGAUGAUCUCUGUUUUGAGCUCGGGUCAAUGCAAAAAAGUCGCACUCAG